CUGAACGUUGAGGAAGGAGCUUCCUUCAGCUGUGCACUGACUAUUAUUACCCUGACCUCCCACUGGACCUUACAGACCCUCACACUGGAUUGAAGCCACUGUAAUCACCCUAUUUUCCAUAGCAACACUGCCACUGUCCUCCAAACAGAUACUGGAGACCCCUGCAUUGCCAAAGACCAACUUGUUAUUCCUCCAGUCCUCCUUUACACUGCACGUCAGUAUUUUGUAUCCUAGUAAUCUAUACUCUUCACAUCCCACUUGCAAUUAACUCUUUGUGUUGCUUAUCGAGAAGACCAUGGAGAUACUGGAGAGCGGAGACCCUGUCAUACAAUGGGACCGUAAACUGAGUGAGCUGUCCGAGGUGGCCGAGAGCGACUCGCUCUAUAAUACGCACUUCUCGGAGCUCCUCGAUGACACAGCCCUGUUAGAUGCCAUUGGACAACUCAUUGAGGACCCUUUCCUGACAGAGAAAUAUGAAAUGAUGGAAGUGGAUAAUCCGAGUUCUCCAUCUCCCAUGAUUAAGGCAGAACAUAGUUACUCCCUAUGUGGAGAUUCACGCCCACAGUCGCCCUUCACUCAUGGAUCUUCAGAUGACAACUUUAGUGAUGGGGAUCUUACAAGUGAGGACUGGUGCCUUGGAGGGCAGCUCACUCCUACCAAAGUUAAGAUGGAAGUCCCUGUAGAAAGUCCAGGCUUGGCUCCUUCUGUUACCCUUACCACCAACACGGUGACAACACCUCUUGAGGUGGAAGUACUGCCACAACUGCCAGAGACAGACCAGCACAAGCCUGUGAGCCCAAAGUCCAUGCCACAGAUUAAACUGGAGCCCCAUGAGGUGGAUCAGUUCCUGAACUUGUGUCCUAAAGAAGCUGCCUCAUCCGAUGGUCUACAGCUGCCUCCGACUCCUCCCAGCAGUCAUGGAAGCGACUCUGAAGGAGGCCAAAGCCCCAGCAGAUCCCUUCCACCCUCCAGCCCUGUCCAGUCACAGUCUGGAAACAAAGGAACUGUUCGCAGUCCAUCAGCGCUCUCCAAUUCUCCUCUGCUGACUGCUCCCCAUAAACUGCAGGGCACUGGACCCCUCAUCCUCACGGAAGAAGAGAAAAGAACGCUAGUGGCUGAAGGAUACCCCAUUCCCACUAAACUACCACUCACUAAGGCUGAAGAGAAGGCUCUUAAGAAAAUCCGCAGGAAGAUCAAGAACAAGAUCUCUGCCCAGGAAAGUCGCAGAAAAAAGAAAGAAUAUAUGGACAGCCUGGAGAAAAGGGUUGAGAAUUGUUCCUCUGAAAAUAACGACCUGCGCAAGAAAGUGGAAGUCUUAGAAUCCACUAACAGGACCCUCUUACAACAGCUACAGCGUCUACAGGCAAUGGUGGCCGGAAAAGUAUCCCACUCAUAUAAAGCCGCCAGCACCCAAACAAGUACCUGCCUCAUGGUGGUUGUCUUGUGCUUUGCAGUCAUUUUUGGCAGUUUUACGCAGACUUUUGACCCAUACCCAUCAGCCACCAAGACGUUACCAGAGCCAAUUGUGCAUUCAGCGCAGGAGUCAUACGCAGCAUCGAUAGUGAGAUCUAGAAGCAUCCUUUCCUUCGAGGAGCAUCAUGGGUGGGAAGAGUUAUAUAGCUCCGCAGUCACAGUGGAUUCUCCUGACUCCUGGGAGAGGAGCAAAGAAAUCAUCUCUCAGCAUCACAGAGCCACAGAAGAGGAGCUCAGCCUUUCACAGGAGAAGCCACACACACUGUCCAAUGACAGCAGCCUGGAUCCAGCAGUACGGCAUAGGUUCCAUUCGGAUUUUGGACAAAAUGAAGUGACAAAAGUAAUAGAACUGGACAGAAGAGUAAACGCCACGUCCUAAUAUCCGCUUCCCUCAGCUUUUCUUCCUUCAGCUCCUGCUUCCCCAACUGACGCAGCCACCCCUCAAGUUCCCACUCUGAGCCGGCCCUUCGGACUUCAUGCCUCUCUUGUCAGGUGGAGGAGGCUGGGACUCUAGACUUGACACUGGCGGAUGAUAACAGCAAGCAGAGUUCUAAGGAGCGCCCCCAAUUUCCUGCUGCUCUGACAACGAGACUUUUAAAGCGCAUGGUCGCAGGAUAAUGAUGAUUCAUAGAAUUGUGAAGGAAAACGUUUCCACUGUCCAUCGCCAGAGAGUGAAUAAGAUUGGACUUUUUAUUUAUUCAGUGAUACUGUUAAACCUUUUAAUCCAAGAUCUUAGAUGCAUGUUCUGUAGACCUUGGGUGGCGGAGAAGAUCGAGAGGAUUACAUUCCAUCCCAGACAUUACUAUUAUAAUUCAGCCCACCAAACGUGUCAUACUCUAACAGGCACUGCCAGUAGAAGCCUUGCUGGGGUUUAUGGCACCGCUCAUUCUAAACGGCCUAAGGUUUUCAUAAUCCCACGUCCUUUACCACUUUGCCCUGUAUCAGUCAGUGCCUUAUAUACUUGGAUUGUAUUCAACCCUUUGCCUAUAACCCCCAUCACUGUGCCUCUCCAGUGCUCUUUAUGUACUGAGACAGUUCCCACGGGGUUGUUUCUCAAUAGUCCAUAUAAAUGUGUUGCAUUAACAUUGACCCAAUUGGCUCUGUUUCCAGUACUUCCCCUAUUGCCACAGAGCUGUCCCUCCUGCUGUUGUAAAUAGUAUUUAUUAGUUUUAUUUGCUACUUUCCAUCAUUGAUGGCCCAAAAGAGGGCACUGAUCCCCCAGCCCCAUUAUAUGAUAUUAUUAAACCCUUAUAAGCGGCACAGUGCCCCAAGGACAAUCCGAUGAGUAAGAUGCAGGUAGCAGUCAUCCUACCAAGGAAUAUAAUUCAAAUCCUCGUCCCCUGUGGUCCCAUGAUUCUCUGCAAACCAGUGGUCAGCUGGGAAUCUUGGGAGGGAGGAUUCAUCCAGAAGACCUGUUUCAGUUUACGGCCUAUUUCUUCUGUAUCUCCUUAAACCAUCCGGUCUUUGUUGGACACUUCUGCCUCACUGCUGUGUACCGUUUACAGCUAUAGUAUCCAAUAAAGAACCAAUGGUUUAUACGGCUACUUUCACACUAUCGUUUCUAUUUUCCAGUAUUGAGAUCCGUCAUAGGGUCUCAAUACCGGAAAAAACUCUUCCGUUUUGUCCCCAUUUAUUGUCAAUGGGGACAAAACGUAACUGAA